CCGCGUCCCGCACCACAACGGCGCCAACACCAACAUGUACAUCUUCUCGCAGGGUCGCAAGGUCUCCGCCGGCACCACCGUCAGCGUCCCGCAGCACAAGGGCGUGAACACCGACGAGUACAUCCUGGCCCGCAAGCUCGCCGGCACAGUGACCCCGACGCAGGCGUGCGAUCAGCUGGAAGGGAACAAGAAGGUGUGCUACACCAUCGCGAAGCUUGCCGGCGUGACGACGCCGCGGACGCUGCUGGAGACGGCGGUACGGGUGGCGCUGGGGCGGGCGAGGGCGCUGAAGGCGACGUUCGACGUGGCCAAGGCGACGGCCAAGACGGGGAACCCGAUGGAGUCCAUCCUGGGGUCCUGCGACAAGAACUACGACGACCUGGUGGGCGCCCUGGAGGAGGUCACCCGGUCCCUGCAGAAGGGCAAGACCGGCGACCUCGUCAGCAAGAUGACGGCCGCCAGCACCUACGCCACCGACUGCGACAACUGGUACAGCGAGCGGAGCCUCACCUCGCCGUACGAGGCCGUGCAGCGCCACACCGCGCAGGCCGUCUCCGUCGCCCUCGGCGUCGCCGCCACCAGCAAGAACCUCUGAAUUAACGGACACAUGCAAAACGUACGUGCAAAACGAUAGCACGCGCGCGUACGUACGUACGUGUUAGUGACCUCUUCUUGCGAUUGUAAAGGGUGGUGUACGUGCUGUAUGCCGCACUUGAGACCAUAUAUGUCAACAAUUAUCAAGGCUCGAUCGAGGAAGUUUGUAGUGCUAGUAUAUGUACUGCUAACACGGCAAGCAG